AUUCAUCUUCACUACUCAAGAAGAGCUUCAAAAGUAAAACUUAGCAAAAAAACCAAAUCUCAAUUAAGCAAACAAGAAUCAUAUUUUAGAAGAAAAUGGCAGCAAAACAAGGGUUAGGCUUUGAGAUCACAGAACUGAGGUUGGGUCUUCCCGGAGCUUCUUCUCCAGUGGAGAUCAAGAACAAAAAAAGGGUAUUUACUGAUAUCAAUGAAGACGAAGAAAACAACUCGGCAAUCACCAAUGACCUGAAGAGAAUCAAGCAAAGUAAGCAUGCUCCUCAAGUUGUGGGUUGGCCUCCGGUUUGCUCAUAUAGAAAGAAAUACAACAACAGCAAGCCUGAGGAUAACAAGCAAGGGGCAUUUUCCAUUACCGACGCCGAUGAAGAAAACAGUUCAUCGACGGUGACCGAAGAUUAUUCAAGAAAAGUACAGAACAAUAAGGCUACUAGUAAUCAAGUUGUGGGGUGGCCACCAGUUUGUUCAUACAGAAAGAAGAACAACAACAAUGGGUCGAGUGCAGUUGUCGACAAUCCAGCUGCUAAAUUGAACGUAAAAAUUUCAAUGGAUGGUGCACCAUAUCUUCGAAAGAUCGAUUUGAAUGUUUACAAAGGAUAUUCAGAACUUGCCAUGGCAUUCGAGAAGUUAUUCGGGUGUUUCGGAAUGGGUAAAGAUUCUGAAUAUAUCGCAAUAUACGAAGAUAAAGAUGGAGAUUGGAUGCUUGUAGGGGAUGGUCCUUACAAAAUGUUUACUCAAUCAUGCAAAAGGUUGAGGAUUAUGAAGAGAUCGGAAGCAAAAGGCUUCGGAUUAACGUUGUGACGGGUUUUCAUUUAUGCAAAUUAUGAGUUUGAUUCAUUAGCUGAGGCGAUGUGCCCGCUGAUAAUUAAGCUCACAAGGGAAAUAACCACUACUUAGGAAAAACAACAUCUUCAUAACUAUGUGUAUACAACUAUAUAUUGAUGUAUUUAUACUUGUUGGUUAAACUUCAACAUAGAAGUCACUAACAAGCUGGUUAGGAUAAGAUUAGGAAAUUGAUGUAAUCCUAAGGGAAUUUGUUGGAACAAAGAAGAAUAUUUGGUUUCUCUAUUUA